AUGCUGCUGUGGGUGUCACUGCUGGUCCUGGCUCCUGUCAGUGGACAGUUUGCAACUGAACCAAAGUCUGUAAUUUUCCUCCAUCCUCCAUGGACCACUGUCUUCCAAGGAGAGAAUGUGACACUGACUUGCAAAACAAUUCACUUCGAUGCAUCAGAGAAAAUAAAAUGGUACCAUCAGUAUCUUCUGGCAGAAAUACAAAGUGAAACCUCAGGAAACACCCAUGAGGUCCAUGAAUCUGGAGAUUACAGAUGCCAGGCCCAGGACUCACUCCUGAGUAAUCGUGUGAGCUUGCUCUUUUCUCCAGCCAACCUGAUCCUGCAGGCUCCACUUGAUGUGUUUGAAAAAGAAUCUGUGAUUCUGAGAUGCCGAGCAAAGGCAAACACAGUACUGAAUACUAUAAAGUUGUACAAGAAUGGAAAAGUCCUGGAAGUCUUUGAAAAAUCCUCUGACUUCCAUAUUCAUCAGGCAAGUCUGAAGGACAAUGGCAAAUAUCACUGUGUUGGAGUUAAGGAAGAUGAUCAGUUGGUUUUUUCAAACUCGGUCAAAAUCGAAGUCCAAGAGCUGUUUCCAAGUCCUGUGCUGAGAGCCAGCUCCACCCAGCCCACCGAAGGAGGAGCAGUGACUCUGACCUGUGAGACCCAGCUCUCUCCACAGAGGCCAGAUGUCCAGCUCCAGUUCCACUUCUUCAGAGACAGACAGUCCCUGGGGUCAGGCUGGAGAAGCUCCCCAGAAUUCCGGAUCCCCGCCAUAUGGAGAGAAGACUCAGGGUCUUACUGGUGCCAGGCACAGAGCAUGACUCCCUCUGUCCAGAAACAGAGCCAGAGAAUACACAUACAGGUGAAAAAUGUUGUUCCUGACAUCCGUAUAUACCCUCGCCCAAAGUUGGUGUUUGAAGGGCAGGAGCUGGUGCUCAUCUGCUCAGUAAAUGGAGUUCCAGGGCCCAUCACAAUUUCUUGGUACAGAAAAUUCAAAAAGCCGAGGACAGAAAGAAAGCUUCACACUUACUCAAAAUCAGAAUUCAAGAUCCCUGUGGUGAAAAACAGUCAUGAUGGAGAGUAUUACUGUGUUGCCAGCAAUAGUCUCUCCUCCUUCCGCAGUGACCCAGUGACCAUCAAUGUGAAAGUCCCCGUGUCUCAACCUGUCCUCACCCUCAACCCUCCUGGGACCCGGACUCUUGUGGGAGAUGAGGUGAGCUUUGACUGUGAAGCUCAGAGAGGUUCUCUGCCCAUCUGGUAUCAGUUUUUUCGUGAAGGUGUGCUGCUCAUGAAGAUAGAAACUACUUUAUGGAGAACAACGUCCUAUAGAUUCUCUCUGACUGCAGAGCAUUCUGGGAACUACUACUGCACAGCUGACAAUGGCCUUGGCCCCCAGAGCAGUGAGACCCUGAGACUCUCUGUCACCGUUCCAGUAUCUCGCCCUGUCCUCACCCUCAGGGCUCCCGGGGCCCAGGCUGUGGUGGGGGACAUGAUGGAGCUUCACUGUGAGGCCUGGAGAGGCUCUCCCCCGAUCCUGUACCAGUUUUAUCAUGAGGAUGUCAGCCUGGGGAGCAGCUCAAGCCCCUCUGGAAGGGGAGCUUCCUUCAACCUCCUUCUGACGGCAGAGCAUUCUGGGAACUACUUCUGUGAGGCCAACAAUGGCCAGGGGGCCCAGCGCAGUAACACAGUGUCACUCAGUGUCAGAGUUCCAGUGUCUCAUCCUGUCCUCACCCUCAGGGCUUCCAGGGCCCAGGCUGUGGUGGGGGACAUGGUAGAGCUUCACUGUGAGGCCCAGAGAGGCUCUCCCCCGAUCCUGUACCAGUUUUAUCAUGAGGAUGUCGCCGUGGGGAGCAGCUCAGCUCCCUUGGGAGGAGGAGCAUCCUUCAACCUCUCUCUGACCACGAAACAUUCUGGAAACUACUCCUGUAAGGCUGACAAUGGCCUGGGGGUCCAGCAUAGUGAGGUGAUGUUACUCAGUGUCAUAGUUCCAGUGUCUCACCCUAUCCUCACCCUCAGGACCCCCAGGGCCCAGGCUGUGGUGGGGGAUGUGGUGGAGCUUCAUUGUGAGGCCCAGAGAGGCUCUCCCCCGAUCGUGUACCAGUUUUAUCACAAGAAUGUCACCCUGGAGAGCAGCAUAUCCCACUCUGGACAAGGAGUGUCCCUCAACCUCUCACUGACUGCAAAUCAUUCUGGAACCUACUCCUGUGAGGCCGACAAUGGCCUGGGUCCCCAGUGCAGUGAGGCAGUGACACUUUCCAUCACAAGGCUGACAGGGAGCAGAAGUGGCCCUGUUGCCACCGGUGUCACCGGGGGGCUGCUCAGCGUGAUGGGUCUCGCUGCCGUGGCACUGUUGUUCUACUGCUGGCUCCCGAGGAAAGCAGGAGGAAAGCCUACAUUUGACUCCUCCAGGAACCCAUCAGCUUCAGACCCCCAAGAGCCCACCUACUACAAUGUACCAAGCUGGAUAGAACUGCAACCAGUGUACAGCAAUGUAAAUCCUAACGGAGGAGAUGUGGUGUACUCGGAAGUCCGGAGCGUGAAGGCGGAGAACAAACAGGCAGGCCUGCUGGCCUCUGGCCCUCACCUAUGUGCUCCUUCCCCCAGGAUUCCUGUGUCAUCUACUCCCAGGUGAAGGGGGCUUACGCCGCAGCCCCUAAGCCCCAGCUCUUGGCUGCAUCCACUCCUCACAGAUGAGUCCACGCAGCCCGACUGCUGUCUCAGCCUCUGCACCCAAAGCCACCCUUGGGGGAGAAGGGACAUCAAAGUGGGAAGAUUUAAACCACCCAAGGUCACACCCAGCAAUCUGUACAUCAAGUGCCCACACCCUAGUCUGAACAGAACACAGGGUCCCGCAGGACUCCCGCCUAUUUCCAAAGUGACAGCCCUGGCCCAGUGGUCUUUUUCUUAA